UAUGACCAUGAGCAUUACCGAGAGGAGGAGCUCAUUGUUGAAAGUCACAAACUCUCACAAGCUGUCUCAGUAAGUUAACUUGUUAGGAGUGCAACCAGUCAGCUGUCGCUUGUGGAGCUUUGUUUGUCAGAGCUGUUUCUCUUGUCAUCAGGAGACAACUAAAUGACUGACUCUACAAGAGAAAAGAGGAGCCACAUUUUAACUGAAUGAUUCCUGAACUACCAGGGCUUAGGAGUCUGGAUGGAACUUACCACUCUGUUUCUAUUCAGGUUAAGUCGUAAACGGUCUCUGUUAAAUGGAUAUGAAAAGGAGCCUCCGCUGUACACAAAGAAAUGUUUGGCCAGUCUGAAAACUCUGCCAGACAGAUAUGAGACUGACAGAGCCACAGAGCAUGCCAAACUGAACCAAACUUUGUGUUCCAGGACGAGCUGGGGUCGGCCCUGCACACCUGAAGCCUGUGUGAAUGGACGGUCACAACUCCUGACGGACACUGAGAGCUUCUUCCACCAGGUAUCAUCCUGGGCUGACACACAAUACUCUGUGAAGAAAGUAUUGGAGCAUCUCAAGUUCAGACAAGCCGCCAAUGAGAUCUUACUCAAUGAUUCAGUUAACAAGAAAUUUAUGGAGUUUCGCCGUGACAUCACUGAGGAAUGUGGUGCAGAAGAUAAGCAGCAUUCAUGGGCCGUUAUUGAGAAACAGGAGGAGGUCGUCAUGUAUGGACCUUAUUAUCCUAAUUACAACAACGGAGAACACAGCGAGGACAUUAUUAUAAAACAAACCCAGGAACUUCUGGAGUCAGAGACUGUCUCAGAGGAUUGGAAGGUGUACGUUUUCACCAUGAACAGCCCGUGUUUGGCUAGAAACACAGAUCCAUGCAUGCUGAAACUGGCUCAGAAAGCUAAGGAGUGGUGGAGCGUGUAUGGAGUAAAGACUCAUAUCGGUUAUGUGAAAAGCUGGGGCUUCAAAGGAGCUAAAGAAAAUCUGUUCAGGGAUAUUAACUACAGCCAAGUGGACCUUAUCGAUCAGGCUGAGGACCAUGAGAACUACGUCAAAGCAGCUGAAAAGGCAGAUCUUAAUCCUUUAUGUGAAAAUCUGUUUUCUGAUGUGAAAUACCUUCAGAGAUCUGCAAGGUUCUCUUUGAUAAACAGUGUGCAGGAGUCGGACUGGAAGAGUUACUUCAAAAGUAUGCAUAGCAUUUUUGAAAGCAAACCAGAAGAGGAGAAGAAAAUCUGCACACAGGAGGUGAACACUGUGAUCGAAGCUGCACAAAUUCUGCUUUCAGAAAAAAGUGGAAGCUUUGAGGAAUAUUUAGACAAGGGAGGUGCAUUUGCUUUUGAUUACACUUUUAGCUCACAAGUAUCUGACGUCAUCCAGGAUCAAAUGAGACUCACAUUUCAACAGUGUUGGAAGGAGAUGGUGCAGGACAAAUAUGCGGAGAUCAUCAGGGAGAAGCUGACUGAAGACUUCAAUCAAUGUGCCAUCCAGCUUUUUAUCAAAGAUAUUGUAAAGUUCACAAAAGAAUACUUAGAAAUUGGAAGGAUGCAGUUUUCAGAAGAAGCCCCACAAGUUGUCCGACAACUAAACUCUUUGCCAAGAUGAUGAGGAAGCUACUGUAAGACUAAAUAUUUCACACAUUUGGUAUGCAUUUGAAGUGAAAUGAAUGACGCCAAACUUUUACAUCAUACAUACCAUUUGCAUUAUGUCAAAAUGCUUUGUCUUUAUUAGUUUCCUCAGUAGAGCUACAGUUGCACACAGAGGAAGGGCAUCAGGUAGUGUUAGUCCACAUGUCCACAUCUUUCACUGUUUUUUUACUUACAAAAUAUCAUCACUGGUGUAUUACAAUUAUACUGGAGUGGAGUUUUUACAUAUAUGCUCAUAUAUUUGUUGAUAAUUACAUGUGGCGAUGUCCCACAUUAACACGUUGCCCCAGCCCCCCAUGCUUGUCAUAAGCAAAUUAAAGCAUGAAGUAUUUGGUAACAAUCUGUACAGUCUUGAUACAAUACACCGUCAUGAAGUCUAUCAAACUACCUUCAGCUAAUAGAUUAUGGUUAGAUGAUUGUGUGGUUUGGGGCUGUGCCUUUUAAUAAUAAAUACUGGCAGGAUUAAAGAUGAUUACACUUUUUUUCUGGAUGCACAUCUGUACUUGUGUCAGCAGAGGGGGCUAUGUGCCACAACUUCUAUCUGCAUUCAUAAUGUGCAACUGAACUUUCUGCAUAGGUAGUUUAUUAUGUAUUUUUUCAUAGAGAUGUCAAUACUGACAGAAAAGCCACGCCGUUCAGGAAACUGUCCAGAAACAAAGUGGGAGAUCAUGUAUACUGAAGGUCAUAUCUCUGGUGUUGAGGAGUGAUGAUGUCUUUCAAUAAGUUUAGAAGAAAUGCUCAUGAUUAUCUUCUCUUUGUAAAAUUAGAUGUACUGUGAAAUUACACCUGUGCAUUACAAUCAAUGGUAUUACAUAUACGUGACUGUAAUCAUUGAAUGUCAAAUUUGGGAAAUGUUUAAAGGGUCAGUUCACGCGAAUCACAAUUCACAUACAUAUCCGUUUCUAUUUUGAGAUAUUGCUGCUCAGACUGAGCUGCCCUGUUACAGCUAAGAUGACUGCAUGUUUGAGUGUUGUGCUAAAUUAAUUGACAUCCUUUGAAAAUCUAUACAAAUAGCAAAGUGCUUUACUGGAUCAUCUGGAUAAUCCAAAGACUCAUCACAUUUGAACAGUUUGAAUCAUCUACCAAACAUACAAAAUACUGAUCACAUUGAGGUCUGUGGAUUAUUAAGUAACCGGCACAUCGUUUGUUCUGUAAACAGACAUAGCUCUUGAGUUUUUGAAAAAUUUAUUUUCAUUCACCUCCAUUGCAUGCAAUGCAAGUAAAUAGGCCUACCCCUUGUGAGUGUGAAAAUAUAUAGUUGUUGUUUUUCUUAUUAAUGUGAACUGACCCUUUAAGUACACUUGCUACUCCAUGGUGCUACGUUUGACUUUAAAGGGUGCUGUUGUGAUUCUUGUGUGUGUCCAUCAUUCUUUGGCAAUUUGUCCAUAUUAAUAUGAAAAUGAAGACAAAUAUAUUGAAAUAAAAAUAACUCAGGGAAAUAAAGUCUGACCAU